CGGAGCGGCGCGCAGAGCGGCGGGCAGGGCUGCGGCAUGGAGGGCAGCCGGACGCCCCCCCGGUACGGAGCGCUGGAGUCCACCCGCUGGCCGCCCGGCGGCGCGGGGCCAGAGGAUGAGAUUGUUUCCAUGGCUGACUCAACCACCACCAUCGAUGACAUCGAAGGGGAGCUCUUCAAAAUCGAGAGGAUCAGGGAGAUCCUGGUGAGGAGGGAGUCAGAGCUGCGGUACAUGAUGGAUGACAUUCAGCUUUGUAAAGAAAUCAGCCGGCUGAAAAAGGAGCUUCAAAAACUCAUAGCUCUUCCGGAAAACGAGAAGUCCAAUGAGGAGAAACAGAAGGAAGAGGAGCUGGUACAGCAGAUACACAAGCUGGUGGAAACACGGGAUUUCCUGGUGGAUGACGUGGAGUUUGAGAGGCUCAGGGAAAGGGAAGAAGACAAGGAAAUGGCAGAGUUCCUGCAAAGUAAGCUCUCCAAAAGCUACCUCCAGAAAGCAACUCCUGUCAAAGAGAAGAAAAUGACUUCCAGGGGACAGCAAACCUCCGCACCGUACAUGACCAAAACGGGCCUCACCCUGCUCAAGGAGUGCUGUGGCUUCACCUGCUCCAUCAUGUAGGCCAGCCCCCAGCCCCUCUGCACAGGACAUGACCACGGUCUCCAGCCAGAGUCCACGACCUGCUGUCCUCCGAGAGGUUCAACUUCCCGUCAUUGUUCAUGCUUCCCACUGCAGCACCACCACCGAAGAGACUUCCCAAGCAGGCUGGUGCAGGCUUGAAUGGUGGCAAGUGUCCUUGGUGCCAUGUCAGCAGUCGUCUCCUCUUUGACAUCAGCAAACACCGAAUUCCACCCGAGCUCAGCUUGGAAGAGGUAUGUGCAGCAGCGGCAAGCAAGCCCAGCACAAAGAGGACUGGUGCAGUCCUUUACCUGGACAGAGCAAUAAAAAAAGCACUGGGAGCUGAUGUUUGGAGGACAUUGUGCUCCACCAUCCAAGACAUGCUGUGGCCACAGAUGAUGUCUCAUCCCUAGCCUUGUACCACCUUGUGAGUCUCUACGGGAUGAUUCCUGAGGACUCUUGGUGGGGAAUGUCUCCGGUCUGGGUUUUAUUGUGUUUGCAUCGGUUUUAUUGCAAGGUGCUGUAUGGCUCUGGGUGGAGCUGAGCAAAGCGUGAAGGGCAGUCCCCAGAGCCAGCUGGAUGAAGGGCUAAUUCUUGUGAAGUUGUCACCUGAGCACAGACCUGGUGUGUUGAACCGUGGGGCAGGUGCAUCGCUUUCCCCACCGCGCUGUUCCUUGAUUCGGUUUUCAGCUCCAAGAAAGAGGAGGAAAUUAAAGCAAAAGAGAAAAGGAGAAACAUUCAGAAGAACAGGGCAACAUGCAGAGGGAAAUGAAAACCAAAUGGGAGACUGGGGAAAUGUCAGGGAAAGGUGGAGACAGCAGGUGAGAAACACUCUUACUGCCAAGAGGGCAUUCAGUCCUGCACUCCCGUGCCCCAGCCAGAGCCUCUGCGCUUGGCACCAUGAGCUGGAUGUAAAGUUCUGUGCAAAAGACUCAUGGCACCCCGAGGUCACCCAGUCUCAGUUUCUGUUGUCCUUUCUGGGUAUCCACCUGUGCUGAGGUGGCACAGCCAGAUCUGCUAAGCCCCCUUUCACCCCCUGCCCUGCCUGCCCUACUGCCCAGUAGGCUGCUGUGGCUUCACUGGGUGGCCUGGGGUGGCCUCCCAUCUGUAUGGCUGCCCUCUGGCCAAAAUGCUGAUUCCUCCAACUCAGUUCUGCUGCAGCUUGCUGUAGGGUCUGGAGAUGGUGUUCCUGCCUGGGUCACUGUCUGACAUGCCCGUGCCAGCAAGAUGGUCACAACUCAUUUGCCUCUUUCCAUGGCCCCUAAUACCAUAUUCAUCCUUAUAAAACACAAUGCAGCGGGAUCCUUCCUAGUGCAAUGCCAUAAGCAGGUCCACAUUCCUCCUGCAUUUCUUUAUCAUCACUGCCAGAAAACUCGUUGUGUGGGAACCUGUUCUUUAAGUGACGCUUUGGUUCAUGUCACCCGAGUUGACUUCAGUGGCCUCAGUCUAAAGCCUGCUUAGUUUGUGCUGCUGGUUGUUAAUGUCCUACAGCAUCCUACAGCCACCCCCUGCCAGCUCCUCGUGCUCUCCUUGCUUGGGGGAGGCUUCAGUGUGGGCUGGAGGGAGCACCCUGGAGAUCACAGGGGCCAACUAGGUCACGGAGAGCUCCGCUCUGCUUUGCCAGCCCUGUGUAACAGAGUGAGGUGCAGUACACAGCUGGGACUGUUGGCCAAGCAAGGGUGACAGACCUUGGCAGCAUCCAUCCUGGAGCUAAUGGGGCUCCCUGCUCUUCCAGAAACUGUCCAGUGGCUGCUUUGCUCGGUCAUUCUGCAGUCACACGUGUGGUACAAUAUGGGUGUUUGCUUUGCUCCACACUGACCAAAGGCUCAAGACCUAGAAGCCCCUCCUUGCUGUCCUUGCCUUCCAGGGUCUUCUGGGGAAGGAUGAGUAACUAAGCCAGUUCGGUUGGUUGGACUGAGAGGGAGCCAAAGGCAGGGGAGAGCCCUCAAUCCAGGACUCGGGCCCCUAAUUCAUCCCUCCCUCCACCCCGCAAGGCCCCAAGACCCAGACUCCAGCUGCUGAGCAGUGCUUGGGCUGGCAGGGAGGAUGGCGGGGGGGGAGAUGGGCAAGGUCCUGGCCCAUUUUGUUCUGUGUUUACUGGCUGUGUGUGUGUGGCUGGUCAUGGAGAAGGAGACAGGCUGCUGUCCUGGCCAUAUGAUACUCUUUGGUCUGUAUUUUCACUGAUGGCAGAGGUGCGCAGCACACGGGAGCGACACUGUUUCAUGUGCAUUGAUUUCAUCCCAA